CCAACAACGCUCCUCUCCUAUAAACCCUACCAUUUUUUUACCGUUGCAAAUCUUGCUCCUCACUCUCACAGUCUCACACACACAAAAAUCUCUUUACAAAAAGCCCUCUUUGCUUGCAGAGAGCGGCCUUUCUUUCCUUCUUUCUUUCUUUCUAGCUUUCUUUCUCAUUUUCACUAUUCACCAUAGACAAAAAAUAAAAGAUUUCAAAGAAAGAAGAAGAAGACCCAGAAAAUGGAUUCACCUCAAGCGAAAAAAACUGGGUUGAAUCUCCCGGCUGGGAUGUCUGAGACAUCACUACGCCUCGAGACCUUUUCGGGUUCUACUUUACGUGCCGUGACUAACUUGGGAUCGCCUCGAACCAUAUCGAACUUGUCAGCAUCCCCUUCGAAAUCUUCGAGUUGCAGUGAUAGGUUCAUACCGUGUAGAUCGUCGUCGAGGCUGCACACUUUCGGGUUGAUUGAUAAGGGGUCGCCGCUUAAAGAAGGCGGAAAUGAGGUGUAUUCGAGGUUGUUGAGAGCGGAGCUUUUUGGAUCUGAUUUUGGGUCUUUUUCUAAUGCAGGUCCAGGGUCACCUAUGAGUCCUAGCAAGAACAUGUUGAGGUUCAAGACCGAGAGCUCGGGGCCUAAUUCUCCUUACUCGCCUUCGAUUUUAGGAUAUGAUAAUGGGUUUUCUUCAGAGACUUCCACGCCUCCCAAGCCACCUCGCAAGGUCCCCAAGACUCCCCAUAAGGUUCUAGAUGCUCCAUCACUUCAAGAUGACUUUUACUUGAACCUAGUGGAUUGGUCCUCGCAAAAUGUCCUUGCAGUUGGAUUGGGAACCUGUGUUUAUCUAUGGAGUGCAUCAAACAGCAAAGUAACAAAGUUGUGUGAUUUGGGACCCAAUGAUGGUGUGUGUUCUGUCCAAUGGACCCGAGAGGGUUCAUACAUUUCCAUUGGUACAAAUCUUGGUCAAGUUCAGGUCUGGGAUGGGACACAGUGCAAGAAAGUCCGAACCAUGGGUGGGCAUCAAACAAGAACAGGGGUUUUGGCAUGGAAUUCGCGCACAUUGGCCUCCGGAAGCAGGGAUCGCAACAUACUUCAACAUGAUCUUCGGGUUCAAAAUGACUUCGUUAGCAAGCUAAUUGGCCACAAGUCUGAGGUAUGUGGGCUAAAAUGGUCCCAUGAUGACAGGGAACUUGCAUCUGGUGGCAAUGAUAAUCAGCUAUUGGUCUGGAACCAGCAUUCUCAGCAACCAGCUUUGAGACUAACAGAGCACACAGCUGCUGUCAAGGCCAUUGCUUGGUCACCCCACCAAAGUGGCCUUCUUGCAUCUGGAGGUGGAACAGCUGAUAGAUGUAUUCGCUUCUGGAACACCACAAACGGCCACCAACUGAACAGCGUUGACACGGGGAGCCAGGUUUGCAAUCUUGCAUGGAGUAAAAAUGUGAAUGAAAUAGUAAGCACUCAUGGGUAUUCCCAGAAUCAAAUUAUGGUGUGGAAGUAUCCAUCAAUGACAAAGGUUGCAACUCUAACGGGACAUAGUAUGCGAGUGCUUUACCUUGCAAUGUCACCCGAUGGUCAGACUAUAGUUACUGGUGCAGGUGAUGAAACCCUCCGGUUUUGGAAUGUCUUCCCAUCCAUGAAAACACCAACACCAGUGAGAGACACAGGUCUUUGGUCUCUUGGGCGAACCCAAAUUCGAUGAUAUUCUUUGCACACGUGAAUAUGUUUUGGUCUUUGGUCUCUUGGGCGAAUCCAAAUUUGAUGAUAUUCUUUGCACACGUGAAUAUGUUUUGGUUAUGAAGAUGGAAAGGAUAGGGCUAGUUUAUACUGUAUAUGAAACUGUAAUUUAUUUGUAAGCAGCUGAGAUGUGCUGAGAGAUUGGCAAUGAUGUAUUCUUAUUUAUUUAUUUAUUUUUUCCCCUUCUGCUAUAAAGUUUUGAAUCUGUAGAGUGUUUCCUCGUUUAUAAAAAUACUUGGACAUCAAUAACACUAGAUAAUUUGUACUCUC